AACUGCUCGCUCUUAUUAGCAAGCACUCAAAUCCAUCCCAACACAUCUAACCUCCGUGCAUCGUUUGAUCUAUCGGUGCAACUUUCGACCCGGCAAAGCAAAGCGCACCUCCCCCCGAUUAUAUGGUGAUUAUUAGGUGCCGGACUACGGUUCGCCCCACGAGGCGCGUGGGGGUACACUCAGCACAUGGCACACUUCAUUAUACACUUCCUCAAUUGCUGUGACCUGUUCGCGCCGAUCGACAUCGUUCAAUCGUUCUAGGAUCUGAGCGUGAUCGUUAUUGCACGUAUCACGACAACAGGUAUUGGGUUCGGUGCGACCCCAGCCACGGCGUUAGUAGCGUGCCACCGUUCUAAACGAGCGCACUCGACCAAAGAUGCUGCUCCCGGUUCUGGCAUUCAUCCUCGGCAGCUGCCUUGCCGUGCUGCUGGUGCGCGAUUAUCAGUCGAAGCAGACGGAUGGUUUCCGGGCUGCCAAGCGCUAUCCCGGCGGCCGGAUCGUACCGGUGCUGGGGAACGUACUGGAGCUGCUGUUCAAAAAUCCCGUGCAAACGUUUGCCUACGCCCGUGCAAAUGCGGCCCGCUACGGUGGGUCGUACCGGCAGUGGAUCGACGGCAGGGUGAUACUGAACGUGACGCGCAUCAAGGAGGCGGAGAAGAUACUCGCCAGCACGCAGCACACGCGCAAAAGCAUCCUGUACAAGUUUCUCCAUCCGCUCAUGGGCGACGGGUUGCUGUGCAGCAGGGGUGCCAAGUGGCAGCAACGGCGCCGCAUACUCACGCCGGCAUUCCACUUCCACAUACUGCCCAAGUUUCUGACCAUCUUCCAGGAGGAAAGCGACAAGCUUGUGCAGCAGCUGGAACGGUUUGCUGAUGGCACGCAGCACAUCGUGCUACAGUCCGUCGUGACCAGCUUCGCGCUGCACACCAUCUGCGAAACGGCCAUGGGUGUGAAGUUGGACGCGUACGACGAGGCGGACCAGUACAAGGCGAAGGUGUACGAGGUGGGUGAAAUGCUGGUCCACCGCACCAUGUCGCCCUGGCUGUACAGCGACCGGGUGUACCGGCUGCUGGGGUACGAUGGACCGCUGACCAACUCAUUGAAACCCAUACAUCGCUUCACGCGUAGCAUCAUACACCAGCGGCGACAAAACUUCCAGGCACAGCCCACACUCGAUCCCGACAGCGAAGACAACAUGUACUUUGGCAGCAAGCAGCGGUACGCCAUGCUGGACACGUUGCUGGCGGCCGAAGCAAAGCAACAGAUCGACGAGGAAGGCAUCCGGGAGGAGGUGGACACGUUCAUGUUCGAAGGGCACGACACAACGGCCGCCGCCAUUAUGUUUACCCUCGUGCUGCUAGCGAUCGAGCAGGACGUACAGGACCGCUGCUAUGCGGAGCUGGCGGACUUGCUGAACCAUUCCAAGGAGGCGCCCACGACUGCCGCCGGCUCCGUGCGCCUUUCGGUGCAGGAUUAUCAACAGCUGCCGUAUCUGGACCGUGUGAUUAAGGAAUCGUUACGGUUGUAUCCACCGGUGGCGUUCAUCUCACGCACUACCACCGGAGAGCUGGUCGUGGACGGUACAAGCUUCCCGCACAACACCAUCACGCACGUCCACAUUUACGAUCUGCAUCGGGAUCCGGCACAGUUCCCCGACCCGGAACGUUUCGACCCGGACCGCUUUCUGCCGGAGGUGGCGGAAAAGCGCAACCCGUACGCGUACGUACCGUUCAGCGCUGGGCCACGGAACUGUAUCGGGCAGAAGUUUGCUCUGCUCGAAAUCAAAACGGUGCUGGUCGCGCUGCUGCACCGCUUCCGCCUGCUGCCGGUGACGCGCCGUGAGGAGAUUGUGUUUAUGGCCGAUCUGGUACUGCGCGCUAAAACUCCGCUGAAGGUGCAGCUGGCCCGGCGGCAAUAGGGCGUGGUGUUGUGGGGUUGCUUUCUUAAACUCCCUUCAAUGUUCCUGGGUCCUUCAGGAGCACUCUCUCUCUUUCUCUCUUUCUCUCUCUCUCUCGUUGCCCUAGCAACCUCUGGCUUACUAGACUUAAUGAUACCUCUUAGUUGGAUAGUCAGUGCUCACUACUGAGGAACGAUCCGGAUGAGGUUUUGAACCCCGGUUCUGCCGUGUGAAGACCGGCCCUCAGAGUAGCAAUAAAAUGGUUGUGGAGAAGUGGUGGCUCACACCACUCACAUUCGGUACUAAUGAAACGAUGGGCCCCGGUUUUUUGUCCAAUAGUUUGUUGUAGUCAGCUGACAAUCAAUGACUCCCGGCGGAACCGAUCGCUAUCGUUGUUGCCCUAUUUCCGUUCCCACGCCGGGCCGCCCUGACCUACGGUAGUACCGGGCUGUUUACAAAUAAGGCAUCUCAUCAACUUCAACGGUGCGGCGCAUGAGUCUUAUCGGCAACGCCUUCGUCUAGCACGCAACAGCCGGUGCUUUUGGUUCGACCUGAUGCAUUCAGUAAUCGACAUGGCAUCCGGGUGGAGUGUAGCAGCAAUCGUCAGUUCGCAAGUGCCACCGUCCACGCUCCUGCUGCUGCCCGGUCUGUUGCUGCUCUCGCUUUUCAUCGCCUGGAUCGUGUGGGAUGUGAUCGAUAGGCGUGGUGCGACGUAUGUCUCCUUCCGGCAGUUUCCAGGCCCUGCCGCAUGGCCACUGAUCGGCACGAGUUACAACACGCACGGACUGGAUGCGGCCACCACGUUCGAUGCGUUCCGUCGCUGGACCCAACAGUACGGUGGGUCGUACCGGCUCUGGCUCAACAGCUACCUGUUCUCGCUGAACAUCACGCGAUGCCGGGAGGCGGAACCGUUCCUGAGCGGGGGGCGCAACACGGACAAGAGCGUGCUGUACAACUUUCUGCAUCCGUUCAUCGGGAUCGGUCUGCUGAACAGUGCCGGUGCCAAGUGGCUCCAGCGGCGACGCAUCCUGACGCCGACCUUUCACUUCCACAUCCUGACCGGGUUCCAUCGGACGUUCUGUGAGGAGAGUGAAAAGCUGGCGGUCAAAAUCGACUCCCAGCGGUUGCUGGAGCCGGCGGUGGAGAUUGACCUGCAGUCGGCAAUGUCCCAGCUAACGCUGAACACUAUCUGCGAAACUUCGAUGGGCGUGAAGUUGGACUCGCUGGACGGUGCUCGGGAGUACCGGGAAGGUAUCUACCGGGUCGGCACCAUGAUGCUUAACCGUGCCAUCCGUCCGUGGCUGUACGUGGACUGCAUCUACUGGCUGCUGGGAUACGCGCGUCAGCUGCAGCGCUUGCUAAAGCCACUGCACCACUUCACCAACCGCAUCAUCGCCCAGCGCCGUGAACUGUUCGAGGCAGGGAAGCUGAACGAUCUCAGCACACGGACGGAUGGCGCGCAUGACGUACUGUACGGGCCCGGCCCGGGUGGAAGCCGGAAGCGGUACGCCAUGCUGGACACACUGCUGGCGGUCUGAUCGAUGCCGACGGCAUUCGGGAGGAGGUGGAAACGUUCACCUUCGAAGGCCACGAUACAACCGCAUCUGCGCUCACCUUCAUCUUGCUAACCCUAUCCUGGGAGCCCGCAGUUCAGGACCGGCUCUAUCAGGAGGUGCGGCAACUGCACACCGACAAGGGCACGGCGGCGCCCGACGAGCAUCUGGCGCCAAACGAUCUAGCCUCGCUGAAGUACUUCGACCGGGUGAUCAAGGAGUGUCUGCGACUGUGGCCACCGGUCACAUUCAUUUCGCGCACCGUUACGGAGAAGAUUGUGCUGCCGGACGGCCGUACCAUACCGCAGGGUUGCAUCGCCAACCUGCACAUCUUCGAUCUGCACCGCGAUCCGGCCCAAUUCCCCGACCCGGAACGGUUCGAUCCGGAUCGCUUUCUGCCGGACCGGGUCGCGGCACGCAACCCGUUCGCUUACGUACCGUUUAGCGCGGGCCAGCGGAACUGCAUCGGGCAGAAGUAUGCGCUGCUGGAGGUGAAAACCGUGGUCGCCUAUCUGGUGCUGCGCUAUCGCAUCCUGCCCGUAACGCGACGGGAAGAGAUUCGCUUCAUCGCGGAUCUGGUGCUGCGUGCGUCCAGCCCGCUGAAGGUUCGCUUCGAGCGAAGGAGUGCGUGAUAAGAGUCGUGUGUGGGGGUGUGGGGGGAGUGUGUUAUCAUGCAGGUUUGUUGUUUGCGGUACGGCGCGAGAGAACGCGGUCAGCGGCCCGCUGAUAAUGACAGCGGCUGGUCGGCCGGCAAACACGUAGGACGAAACUGCAGGGUGCAGAGCGUGGGGAGAGGAGGGUUGAUUAUCAGCUGCUGUUGACAAACAGUCGCAAUUUACUUCUGCACUUGGGGCACAUCGCUUUAGUCCACUGUUGGGUAGUAUGCGGGAAACAAAUAUAGCCCAAACUUACUCAUAAAUUCAA